AUGAUGGUUUUCUUUUUAUUGGAUGGGUUCCUUUCUGCUCCUGUGCACAAACCAGCUCGUGCGCCAGACUCUCUGCUUCAUUCGCCUGCAACAGUCGUGUCGGCGGUGGGGCCUGUCCUGAGAGCCAUUGCUAAAGUUCAAGAAGAGGCUCUUGGCUGUGAAGAUGCUGAGGGUGAACAUUCUUCAGAGAAUGACUCGUUUACCGUUUGGCAGCAGAUAGCGCACCAGCACCAAGAGAAGAAGUAUGAGUGCCGGUUCUGCCCUUUCUCCAGCUUUCGCACGUCGGGCGUCAAAGAGCAUGAAAGGACACACACAGGCGAGAAGCCUUUCAGCUGCCGUAUCUGCCACAAACUGUUUUCACUGAAGAGUACCCUGCAGGCUCACGAGAGAAUUCACACGGGUGAAAAGCCGUUCAGGUGCCAGAUUUGCCGGAAGGCAUUUUCACACAAAAGUAGCCUGCAGGCUCACGUGAGGGUUCAUACAGGUGAAAGGCCGUUCAGGUGCCAGACUUGCCAGAAGACGUUUAUGGAAAGCAGUCACUUGACGCGUCACAGGAGAGUCCACAUGAGUGACAAACCGUACAGGUGCGGAACGUGUGGGGCUCCGUUUAACCGGCAGUUCCAGUUGAGGCGUCACGAGAGACUUCACAGUGGAGACCCGCCAUUUCAGUGUGAGCAGUGUGGAGAAAAGUUUGUGCAGGAAACUCAUUUAAAUGCUCAUCAGAAGGAGCGUCAUCCAUGAGGAACGUUCGUUGUAUACUAAAGAAUGGUGUAGCUCGACUUAUUUGUACGGUGUCAUUUUACCCUUUCAUGUAAGACCAUCUUGAAUGGACCUGUUAACUGAUUGCCCAUUCAUGAAUAAUCUAUGAUCUACCAAUACUGACUGCCAUCUAUCACUCUCUAGAGUCAGGACAGCGGAAAGAAUUAUCACUUAUAAAGAAGCCCUCGGUGCCCAUCGUAAUGAGUGCAUAUAUCAUAUUUUCCGGUCUAUAAGAGACAUUUUUGCGUAAGUUGUGCCUCACUGUAAGUGGGUGUUUUCAGUAAAAUGUUGGAGUACUGGCCAUACUUUUAUAUGAGUUGCACCUAUAUAUUUGUGUGAUCGGCACAGCAAAGGUUAAUUGAAAGUCGGCAUAUGUGUAGUAUGAUCGCAAUAUAUAUGUGCAAGCGAUAGCAAGCUUAAAUUUUCUCGUCAGCCAAUCAAAAGAGAAAUGUAUCCUCUGUGGCAAAUUUCUGUUGUUAAGGCCCAUAGUUAUAGAAAAAAAUGCAUAUAAGUGGCAUAAUUGUAUAAAAUGCAUCGACGGAAAUAUUCGGUAAAAAAGUGUGCCCUAUGUGUUGUAGAAUACAGUAGGUGCAUCUUUGUUCUGCCAUGCACCACAGAAAGCUUUACUUUCUACUAUUCCUGGCUACUUCAAGCUGAAUGCAUUUUUUUUACAUUGCAGUCAUGCAGCUAGGCACCUGCUGAAGCGAAUGUAGAGAGCAUGAAAUAAAAAAUGCGACCUUCAAAGACAAUAUCUUGAAACCAGAUAUUUCUGUGCAGCAUGGAGGCUUCAACCAGUUCUCUGCACAAUUCCUUCUGCAUAAUAUCAUUGAGAUAACAAAUACUAUUUGAUUAUUUGAACCAAGCUUUGCCGUCUAGAAUUCAUUCACCUAUACGUUAACGAUUUUCCUCCUAAGCAUGCUUAGUAUGCCCUUGUGUUUUUUUUUUUUUUUGUUCUUUUUCAUUGCUGGUUUUUAUGUUUCAUUAGCUUUUUUGUAUGUUGAUGUAAUGUUUUGCAUAUCAUACAGCAGGUAGCAGAGGUUUGUGGUCAUGAAAAAAAGUAAUCUUUGUAGGUAUUAGUAUCUCUUGGUGCUCUUUCAUUUGAGGCAUAAACCUCCUUUUGGCAUAGGAAUGUGCUAAGACAAAUUCAGAACUAUGAUAAGCAAACAAUUAUACUUGGAAUUGAAAUUGUGAAAUCUCCAACCAUGCAAAAUCACACGUCUCGUUUAUGCUUUCCUAUCGAUAUCACCUCUUCUUUAACAGUGCUUAAGGUAGGCUUAUCGAUCAUUACCCUUUUCUCUCACAUUACAGAAAAAUACUUUGUGUUUUGUAAUGUAACUACUACUCAAUUCUGAACAUACGGCUUCUAUCAAGACCAUGUACAUUUCACUAUGAAAUUGAUUAUCAUCCCGAACAUGUCGUCCAGUCUUGUCAAACAAAACAUUUGUCAUGCUCUUGUCCGAGUUGUUUUGGUAAAGUGUCGUACAGUUGUUUGUUUGCUUAUGUUUGUUGAUGUUGCCGUGGUCUUUUUUAAAAUUUUUAUUCUUGUGUGCCCUAUCACUGUCCUCCGUAAUGCUUUUGGACCUGAAGGUAACUGAAUAAACAAGUAGAAGGAGAGUGUAAAAGCGCCAAGCAAAUACAACCUUGCCUUUCUUCAAUUCUUUUACUAUGUCCCUGCAUUAUUAUUAUUAUUUUUUUGCUUGCUGAAUAAACAAAUAAACACUAGGAGAGUGGAAGUGCAC